CCAACCGGCGGUGGAUGUCAGGAUCCGCUGACCACUGUCGCAGGAAAUCGACGUACAGUUUUAAACGGUGUUGGACGCGAGUGUUUGAACUUCCGGUCGAUCGGUAGUAGAGACAACGAUGACUCCCUCGUCGCGGUUCGCGUGAAUUUCGUUCGUGGGCAAGGUGCUUUUCCAGUGGUAAGGACAAUACCAGCCACGGAACUUUAGUUAGACAAAAUGCUAGUGCCGGCUGAUAUGCUCUCGGCCCAGACCAAAAUGGUCUACCAGAUCAACAAAUUCUUCGCGGAGCGCGUCAUGUCCAGAAAGGCCCAGAUCGCCAAGACCAUCCAGGAGGUCUGCCGGGUCGUCCAGGACGUCCUGAAGGAGGUCGAGGUUCAGGAGCCACGCUUCGUUUCCUCGCUGACCGACUACAACGGCAGGUUCGAUGGCCUCGACGUCAUCUCACCCACUGAAUUCGAGAUCGUCAUCUACCUCAACCAGAUGGGCGUCCUCAACUUCGUGGACGACGGCACCCUACCCGGCUGCGCGGUCCUCAAGCUCAGCGACGGCCGCAAGAGGUCCAUGUCCCUCUGGGUGGAGUUCAUCACUGCGUCGGGCUACCUGUCCGCCAGGAAGAUCCGGUCGAGGUUCCAGACCCUCGUGGCCCAGGCGUGCGACAAGUGCGCAUACCGGGAUGUGGUUAAGAUGAUCGCGGACACGACAGAGGUGAAGCUGAGGAUCCGCGAGCGCUUCAUCGUCCAGAUCACGCCGGCGUUCAAGUGUGCAGGCCUGUGGCCAAGAUCCGCGUCUCACUGGCCCAUACCCCACAUACCCUGGCCCCACCCGAGCCUCGUGGCCGAGGUCAAGACCGAGGGCUUCGACAUGCUCUCGAAGGAGUGCAUUGGCCUCCAAGGCAAGCAGUCAGCCAUGGAGGGCGACGCUUGGGCACUGUCGUUCGUCGUGGCUGAGAAUCGGUUGCUGCAAGGGGCAAGCCGGAGGCGGUGCCUGAGCAUCCUGAAGGCGCUGAGGGACCGGCAUCUUGAGAUACCAGGUAACCCGGUGACGAGCUACCACAUGAAGACGCUGCUGCUCUACGAGUGCGAGAAGCACCCACACGAGGCCGAGUGGGACGACGUUUGCCUCGCCGACCGUAUAAACGGGAUAUUCCUGCAGCUGAUCUCGUGCCUUCAGUGCAGGAGGUGUCCGCACUAUUUUCUGCCAAAUUUGGAUCUGUUCAAAGGGAAGUCGCCCAGUGGACUGGAGAACGCGGCAAAGGCUGUCUGGAGAUUGACGCGGGAACUGUUGACCAACAGCUUGGCCCUGGAGCAGCUGUAAUGUCGUUUUGUUUUUCUUUUUCCUUUGCUCUUUUUUUCCGAGGAGAUUUUCAUGCUUUGAUUUGACGACUUAAAACUUUGUUCUGUGAUGCCGUGUACGAGCCCGCGCGCGACUCGGGAAGAGCCGCGUGGAACCAUUGUCAAUGUACACGUACGUGUAUUUAUAGAUAUUAGUGCCAUAAAUUCGGGUGUGUUAUGUUUGAAAACCGAGUGAGAUCGUUUGUUGUUGUGCUUUUUAUCCUUUUUUUUUUGUUUGUCGCUGUCUUUGGUUACGCGGUUGUUACGAGGAAUGAAACCAAAAUAACGAGACGGGAAAAUUUUCUGCUGCAAAGCGAGUCAUUGAGCAAAUAAAAAUUGUUUGCGUUGUUAUUAGUGAUUUUUUUUUUCUUACUAAUCGAGUGCAGUGAAGACAGUAUACGUUAACCGGAGAACUUUGGAGAUGCAAUAGUCGAGUGGAAAAGAAGAUAAGAGUAUAGUUUUUAAACACUAUCAGUUUUUUCGAGUUUUAUAAUCAACGAAAAGAAAAGCACCGAUCCGAGUAGUGUUUGACAUCACCGAAGCGACGGCCAACGUCAAGUGUUACACGUGACGCUCCGUGGCAUAGGAGAUGGAUCCUACUUUUCAGCUCUUCUGCCACUGCCAAAAUGUUUAUAUCUUCAUACGUGUUCUUUAUUACGUGUUUUCUAACUUUACUAAAUCUAUAGUAAAAUGUGUACCUACUGUGCGCAAGUGUAAGAAAGACUUUGAAAAAAUGUCGCACUGCAGGACAAAAGAGUAAAUUGGCUUUAAAAAAUUUGGUUAUUCCUCCGUACUCUUUGUAUCUCGCUUUUGUAAAUAUUAUAUUAUUGAAAACAAAAAUUAUUUAUUGAAUUGUAACGAAUUUCCAAAAAUACAUCGAUAUUUAUAUGA